UUGGUAUCUUUCAGUGCAGGCUACCUCUCGGACUGUGAACAGUCAGGUGGAAGUGCGCGUAAAAGAAAGUUCAUUCCGUUAUAAAUUAUUAUUUUUUUUAUAUCGGACACACUAAAGAAAGAACAAUUGUGUACCCUAUUAUUUGCAAGUAACAUUUUUGGGUGGUAUUUCUCAAGAGAAAGCACAACUUCACCAUUAUUUAAUCACCCAGCUGUGGAUACUUACCGAAAAAACGUGUUUGCAAAAGUGAAAGAAUUUUCCUUCAAUUCGCAAGAGCCUGAAUAUCUUUCACCGGAGAAAGCGUCUUAGCCAGCGAAACAGCGCCCCUCUGUCUCUGACAGAUGGGUGGGAGUUGAGAGAGACAGACAGACAUCCCCCUGCUCCUCCAUCUCUCCUGCCUGGACUUCUGCUCACCGCCCCCUCAGAGAUGGCAGAGGACAUGUGGGAGAACAGAACAGUCCCCAGCCCUUACCCCCACCUCCCCCUGUCUUUGCCACUAUGUAACGACACCUUCCUCAAUGAAACCCUCCUCAACGACACCCUCUUCAACUGCAUCAACUCCACCAACAUUCCAGAGAUGCCAUUAGGACCCAGUGUAGCAGGGGUCCUCAUCCCACUCAUCUACAUCAUCGUCUGUGUCAUCGGCCUUGGCGGGAACAGCCUGGUCAUCCACAUUGUGCUGCACUACUCCAAGACGGAGUCUGUGACUAACAUCUACAUCCUGAACCUGGCCAUCGCUGAUGAGCUCUUCAUGCUGGGCCUGCCCUUCCUGGCUGUCCAGAACACCCUCCAGUUUUGGCCCUUUGGCUCCUUUAUGUGCCGCCUGGUCAUGACCGUGGACUCCAUCAACCAGUUCACCUCCAUCUUCUGCCUAACUGUCAUGAGCAUUGACCGCUACCUGGCAGUGGUCCAUCCCAUACGCUCCUCCAAGUGGCGGCGGCCCCAGGUGGCCAAGGUGGUCAACGGCACAGUGUGGGCCAUCUCCUUCCUGGUGGUCCUGCCUGUGGUAAUCUUCGCCAACGUCCACAAGACGGGCGGCACCUGCAAUAUCUCCUGGCCUCGGCCGGCCGACAUUUGGCGGGCGGCUUUUAUCAUCUACACGUCCACAGUGGGUUUCUUCUGCCCACUCCUCAUCAUCUGCCUUUGCUACCUGCUCAUCGUCUUCAAGAUCCGCAGCUCUGGCAAGAAGGUCCACGCCACGUCCACCAAGCGCAGGAAGUCGGAGCGCAAGGUGACGCGCAUGGUGGUGAUCGUGGUCGCCGUGUUUGUCUUCUGCUGGUUGCCCUUCUACGCCCUCAACAUCCUCAACCUGCUGGUGUCUCUGCCAUCAGAGUACCCGGGCCUCUACUACUUUGUUGUGGUAAUGGGCUACGCCAACAGCUGCGCCAACCCCAUCGUCUACGGCUUCCUGUCAGAAAACUUUAAGCGGGGCUUCCGCAAGGCCCUGUGUCGUUCCUCACGCAAGGUGGAGAGCCACGACCUGACAGAGCGCCAGCAGCAGCAGGAGGAGAGAGGGAGGGUGCUGAAGCCCCGGGAGAGCUUGAGGAGGGUCGUACGAGAUGAGGAGGAGGAAGAGGAUGAUGACGACAGGGAGGACGUCACAGAGAUGACGGAGAUCUGUAGGAUCGCCCAGAAUGGGAACGGACAUCCUGAGAGUUCCCAGGCCCUGUUAACACCCAAGGCGCCAGCUCCAGGGGCAUCUGAGCAUGUGGUAUCCCCAGAAAGGAAAGCCAAAGCUGGUGACAUUGGUGGGAAAGGCCCAAGCUUGGGGCCUCCAGCAUCCCUGCAUAAUGGACACACAAAUGGGAGUGUCAAACCACUGCCAGAGGAGCCGGUGGAGAAGAACUCCUCACUGGAGAUAAGCUACCUAUAAUGUAAAAUAACUGUCUCCGAAGUCAGUUACCUGAUGGAACGUGCAUUAAUAUUUUGUAGCAUUCAUGUAAUGUCUAUUUAAAUGUACAGCGCUAUACACAUAUAGAGAAGAGAAGCACUCUGUAAGGCCAUAGCACCUUUCAUUAUUUAUUGCUACAUUUCUGAUCAAUGGGCUGAGAGUGUUUGAACUCUGCAUCAAGCCAAUGGAAUUUGUGUUACAAUGACUUGAUACUGCCUGUAAAACGGUGUAUAUACUAGGUUGUUUCUGAAGACAUUUGUAUCAUUUCAAUCUGUGUUUAUGUUUCACCACAUGAUCACUGUAUGUACAUAAUGUCUGUGCCUUUUUCCAAACUUAUCUGACAUAUCUGAUUGUAAUUGUAUUACAUUUCUACUGCACAAUGUGACAAUCAAUUAUAUAUAGAUGAAUGUAGCGUCACUUUUAUAUCCUAGUCAUUCACCUCGCUACACCUUAGCUGGAGGAACAGAGGACAGAAGAAAAAGAAGGCACCUUGUGUAGCUUCUAUCCCAUGGCAACAGAAUGGCCCUACACUCUUAGAACAAGGGUUCCAAAAAGGUUCCAAAAGGGUUCUUUGGCUGUAGAGAGCACCUCUUUUUCUAAGACUGUACCAAUUGUUUGUUUAGAUUGUUGAGGACUGGGGGGUGCACAAUGAGAGGAGGAAAACAGGUGCCCCGAUUGGCAUAAAAUCAAACAGUGGUUAUAGAUUUUUGAGGGUUUAUUUCGCUUGUGUGUUGUGAGCCGUGGUUGUGUUUGUACUGCUGCUAUGUGGGGGAAGAAAAGGGCUCUGGAAAGAGUUGGCAACUUGGCAUCUGGUGACAGUGUCUCAUAUUACUGAAUAUCAAGGUGGAAUAUCUGGUGACAGUGUCUCAUAUUACUGAAUAUCAAGGUGGAAUAUCUGGUGACAGUGUCUCAUAUUACUGAAUAUCAAGGUGGAAUAUCUGGUGACAGUGUCUCAUAUUACUGAAUAUCAAGGUGGAAUAUCUGGUGACAGUGUCUCAUAUUACUGAAUAUCAAGGUGGAAUAUCUGGUGACAGUGUCUCAUAUUACUGAAUAUCAAGGUGGAAUAUCUGGUGACAGUGUCUCAUAUUACUGAAUAUCAAGGUGGAAUAUCUGGUGACAGUGUCUCAUAUUACUGAAUAUCAAGGUGGAAUAUCUGGUGACAGUGUCUCGUAUUACUGAAUAUCAAGGUGGAAUAUCUGGUGACAGUGUCUCAUGUUACUGAAUAUCAAGGUGGAAUAUCUGGUGACAGUGUCUCAUAUUACUGAAUAUCAAGGUGGAAUAUCUGGUGACAGUGUCUCAUGUUACUGAAUAUCAAGGUGGAAUAUCUGGUGACAGUGUCUCGUAUUACUGAAUAUCAAGGUGGAAUAUCUGGUGACAGUGUCUCGUAUUACUGAAUAUCAAGGUGGAAUAUCUGGUGACAGUGUCUCAUGUUACUGAAUAUCAAGGUGGAAUAUCUGGUGACAGUGUCUCAUAUUACUGAAUAUCAAGGUGGAAUAUCUGGUGACAGUGUCUCAUGUUACUGAAUAUCAAGGUGGAAUAUCUGGUGACAGUGUCUCAUAUUACUGAAUAUUAAGGUGGAAUAUCUGGUGACAGUGUCUCAUAUUACUGAAUAUCAAGGUGGAAUAUCUGGUGACAGUGUCUCAUAUUACUGAAUAUCAAGGUGGAAUAUCUGGUGACAGUGUCUCAUAUUACUGAAUAUCAAGGUGGAAUAUCUGGUGACAGUGUCUCGUAUUACUGAAUAUCAAGGUGGAAUAUCUGGUGACAGUGUCUCAUGUUACUGAAUAUCAAGGUGGAAUAUCUGGUGACAGUGUCUCAUAUUACUGAAUAUCAAGGUGGAAUAUCUGGUGACAGUGUCUCAUAUUACUGAAUAUCAAGGUGGAAUAUCUGGUGACAGUGUCUCAUGUUACUGAAUAUCAAGGUGGAAUAUCUGGUGACAGUGUCUCGUAUUACUGAAUAUCAAGGUGGAAUAUCUGGUGACAGUGUCUCAUGUUACUGAAUAUCAAGGUGGAAUAUCUGGUGACAGUGUCUCAUAUUACUGAAUAUCAAGGUGGAAUAUCUGGUGACAGUGUCUCAUGUUACUGAAUAUCAAGGUGGAAUAUCUGGUGACAGUGUCUCGUAUUACUGAAUAUCAAGGUGGAAUAUCUGGUGACAGUGUCUCAUAUUACUGAAUAUCAAGGUGGAAUAUCUGGUGACAGUGUCUCAUAUUACUGAAUAUCAAGGUGGAAUAUCUGGUGACAGUGUCUCAUGUUACUGAAUAUCAAGGUGGAAUAUCUGGUGACAGUGUCUCAUAUUACUGAAUAUUAAGGUGGAAUAUCUGGUGACAGUGUCUCAUAUUACUGAAUAUUAAGGUGGAAUAUCUGGUGACAGUGUCUCAUAUUACUGAAUAUCAAGGUGGAAUAUCUGGUGACAGUGUCUCAUAUUACUGAAUAUCAAGGUGGAAUAUCUGGUGACAGUGUCUCAUAUUACUGAAUAUCAAGGUGGAAUAUCUGGUGACAGUGUCUCAUAUUACUGAAUAUCAAGGUGGAAUAUCUGGUGCCAGUGUCUCGUAUUACUGAAUAUCAAGGUGGAAUAUCUGGUGACAGUGUCUCGUAUUACUGAAUAUCAAGGUGGAAUAUCUGGUGACAGUGUCUCGUAUUACUGAAUAUCAAGGUGGAAUAUCUGGUGACAGUGUCUCAUAUUACUGAAUAUCAAGGUGGAAUAUCUGGUGACAGUGUCUCAUAUUACUGAAUAUCAAGGUGGAAUAUCUGGUGACAGUGUCUCAUGUUACUGAAUAUCAAGGUGAAAUAUCUGGUGACAGUGUCUCGUAUUACUGAAUAUCAAGGUGAAAUAUCUGGUGACAGUGUCUCGUAUUACUGAAUAUCAAGGUGAAAUAUCUGUUGACAGUGUCUCAUAUUACAGUGUCAAAAUAGUGGAUGUUUUCUUUAGAGGUUUAGUUCAUCAGGGGAAAGGACUACUGUAAAUCAUGCACACACCAAGCCAUGAAAAGGAAACGGGUACUGUAGGUGCACACAAAAUAUGCAUUAUUAGACCGUUACACCAGAGUUACCACACAGCCACAAGCCCUCAUUAACCAAUUUGCCCAGUGGAGUGGAAGGCAUUCGGUGAAACCACACUGACCAACACAUAAAGUGCCUCAGUAUAUUGUUACACUCCACCAACAUUGUUGACUCUUGUGUCCCUUUCACUGCAUUCAUUGAUACAAAUAGCAGUGUAUUGUAGAAAGCAGUUUAACUCACUUGAACAAUGCUAUCUGAUCCAUGAUAAAUCCAUUUCCUCUGCCACCCCCGCCGCUGGCACACUCCCACACACACACUCUCUCUCACAGCUGCAUUAAGAGGUGUGAAAACAUCAUUAAAGGCUUAUGAAAAGUGAGUUGUUUCACCAAUGCCAUGCUUGCAGUUCCACUGUGCAGACUUGUGACAAGCAGCAUACUGUGAAGUGUUGUAUAAUUGCCAGUUUCAUGUCAAAUAUACACUUGUUUACUUGUACUUGAGUUGUGUAUGGGAUUAUUCUAUCAAAUAUGAUUUUUGUUUUCCACUGUUUGUGUGAUCUUUCCUCAGUGAUAAUCAGCGCAGUGCUUAUUGUAGACGGAGGUGAGGCAAGCAGCUGACCACCUGAUUGGUCGACGGGUGGUAUCUUUAUGAAUCUGUGUGAUUCAUUGUCCACUCUCUCCACCCACAGAAGCCCACCUCAGUAUGAUAUGGGCACAGAAAGAAGCAAACAGAACCGCAGGUGACUCUGAUAACACUGAUAUAAUUCACUCUUUUUGGCAGUGGCUACUAUGGAAACACUAUGUAAACAGUGCCUGUAGCUCAAGGGUAAGAACACAACAGAGCCCUGAAAGUCAGAGAAUAGGCAUAGUAUUUAUCUCAUCCAGAUGUGCUAUUUGGUUUGGGAUUAAAUCUCUCAAUCCAAGGGCAACACACAUGUAUUGACAUGUUCUCAGCUAACUAUAUGUAGAGGAGCAUUCUGUGGUGUGGCCAUUGCGUUCCAAUGGGCCAUACCAAAACACCAUCAGUGUUAUUGUGCCUCUUUUUUUGAUUGUGUCUCAAGCAUCUCAUUGUGCCAAUGCAAUCUGACAGUUUUAGCAUUGCUCAAAGAGACAGCUGGGGGGUAACAAGUAGAUGGUUUGCUGAUGGUUUAAGGGAGAAGGGACUGUUCUUGCAGAUGAGGUGUGGGAGAAGGGACUGUUCUGGCAGAUGAGGUGUGGGAUAAGGGACUGUUCUGGCAGAUGAGGUGUGGGAGAAGGGACUGAUCUGGCAGAUGAGGUGUGGGAGAAGGGACUGAUCUGGCAGGUGAGGUGUGGGAGAAGGGACUGUUCUGGCAGAUGAGGUGUGGGAGAAGGGACUGAUCUGGCAGAUGAGGUGUGGGAGAAGGGACUGAUCUGGCAGAUGAGGUGUGGGAGAAGGGACUGUUCUGGCAGAUGAGGUGUGGGAGAAGGGACUGAUCUGGCAGGUGAGGUGUGGGAGAAGGGACUGAUCUGGCAGGUGAGGUGUGGGAGACGGGACUGAUCUGGCAGAUGAGGUGUGGGAGAAGGGACUGAUCUGGCAGGUGAGGUGUGGGAGAAGGGACUGUUCUGGCAGAUGAGGUGUGGGAGAAGGGACUGAUCUGGCAGAUGAGGUGUGGGAGAAGGGACUGAUCUGGCAGAUGAGGUGUGGGAGAAGGGACUGAUCUGGCAGAUGAGGUGUGGGAGAAGGGACUGAUCUGGCAGAUGAGGUGUGGGAGAAGGGACUGAUCUGGCAGAUGAGGUGUGGGAGAAGGGACUGAUCUGGCAGAUGAGGUGUGGGAGAAGGGACUGAUCUGGCAGGUGAGGUGUGGGAGACGGGACUGAUCUGGCAGGUGAGGUGUGGGAGACGGGACUGAUCUGGCAGGUGAGGUGUGGGAGAAGGGACUGAUCUGGCAGAUGAGGUGUGGGAGAAGGGACUGAUCUGGCAGGUGAGGUGUGGGAGAAGGGACUGAUCUGGCAGGUGAGGUAUGGGAGAAGGGACUGAUCUGGCAGGUGAGGUGUGGGAGACGGGACUGAUCUGGCAGAUGAGGUGUGGAUUUCGUACUCGCCUGGUGGCUCUUUUCUUGAUUGUCAUUCUUGUGUUGCUGUGUUUUGUACAUCAGCAGGAGCAAAUCCCUAAAUGUUAUUAGAUUAAUACAAUAAAAAGUUGCUCUGGAUAAGACCAUCUGCUAAGUGAUGUAAAUGUAAAAUGUAAAAAUAAAGAUUUUGUGGCUGUGA